UAUAAUAUCUUUGUGUUCCUCUCGUCGCUCCCCUCCCACUACCGCAGCGCGAUUCCCCAGCGACAACGAGUGCGAAUCCACGGGGAGUCGAGCCAGGGCCGACCCACCCACCCCAGCGGAUUGAUGCCUCCCAAACGCAAGUCCCCGGCGGUGGGUUCCCCGCGGAAGACGCGGAGCAUGGCGGCCGCUGGGAAGCGGGGCGCGGAGGCUGCUCCGGCGAAGGCGGUGCCGGCCAGGAAGAAGGAAGAGGAGGCAGCGGUUGCCGAGCAGAAGGGGAGGAAGAGGGCCAAGAAGGACGAGGCGGUGACGGCGGCCGCCGAGCCGAAGGGGAGGAAGAGGGGCAAGAAGGUGGCAGAGGAGGCGGCGCCGGCGCCGGCGGAGGAGGAUGGAGGCGAUGCGGCGGCGGAAGGGAAGCGCGUCAUCGUCGAGGCCUGGUGAGUGCUUGCUUUCGGGGGUGAGGUUGUUUCAGGAUAUGCGCGGAUUUGGCUGGUAGGAGAGCAGGUGAUGGAUGAUUUUGGGGGAACGUAUGGUGUUUGGGUGAUUUUGUUCUCGUUUGAUUGCGCUUGUCGAUUGGUUAAUGCGAGAGGAACAAAUAUUUGUUAUCUUUUCUUAGGAUCUGUUUAAGAAAGGAAAGGUGCCUGAGAAUCUGAGAAUGUAGUGAAGAAAACACGAAGGGGAAGUAAUAGACAAAUAUGUAGCCUUGUUUUUCAAUGCUUUUGUGGUGAUUCUUCAAUGAUUGGUCCAAUAUAAGUUGGAUUACACUUCAUCUA